UUACAGUGUCAAGAGUGUCAUUCAAAUCUUUCUCUUAAUUUUUCCUACCACUAAUUAUCCAAUAUUGUGAUCAUAUCUUAAUAUUCAUUUCAUUAAAAAUAAAUUAUAUAUUUUAGAAAUGUAGACUUUGAUUACUAUAAUUUGUAACAUCUUUAUUUCCAGUUUUUGAUUAUAUAUCAAUCAAUGUUAUUAAUCUUUUGUGGCAAUUGAAAGAAAUGACUUUCUCUAUUUGUUUUUAUUGAUAAAAUUGUGAAUGCCACAAGUACAACUGUUGGCGUCGUAUGUUUAUAAAAAUGGGUGAUUUGUAUGUAGCUGUAGUGUGCUCAUCGAAUAUGAACCGAAGUAUGGAGGCCCAUGCUUUCCUGGUAAAAAAAGGGUUCAAAGUGAAAUCCUUUGGCACUGGCGAAAAGGUUAAAUUACCAGGACCGUCUGCUGAUCGCCCCAAUUGUUAUGAAUUUGGUAUACCGUAUGAUGAUAUAUAUAACGAUCUGUUAGAAAAAGAUAAGGCAUACUAUACUCAAAACGGUUUACUGCACAUGUUAGAUAGGAAUAGGAGAAUCAAACCAUGUCCAGAAAAGUUUCAAGUAUCUACAGAAAGAUUUGAUGUGGUUAUAACAUGUGAAGAAAGAGUGUAUGAUCAAGUUAUAGAGUGGUUUGGCUCAAGACGAUCUGUACAUAACCAACCAGUACACGUUAUUAAUAUUGACAUUCAAGACAACCAUGAGGAGGCCACUAUUGGUGCAUUUCUAAUUAGUGACAUGGUUACAAAAAUGGCUCUAAGUGAAGAUUUAGACAAUGAUAUUGAUGAGCUAUUACAUGAUUUUGAAGCAAAAUGCCACAGACCAAUUUUGAACUGCAUUAUGUUUUACUGAUAUUUGUACAUAAGGCAAUAUAAAUGUUUGAUAUUCAAAUACAAACAUUCUCUGGCAGCCGAGUUAAAGAAAAUCUGCCUCUAUGAGCAAGAUUUGUUAAGAUUUUCUAUGGACUUUGUAAAAUAUUAAUAUAGGUACAAAAUACCAAGUGGUACUUGAGGACAGACUGAUGAAGAUUAUAUUGACAAAACAUAAUUAAUACAGAUGAAAUGGAAAGUGGCUCUAUACCUUUAAUUAUUAUUUGAAAAUAAAUUGUUUAUGACUAU